AUGGAAUAAUAAAAAGAAACAUUAGGAGAAACUAAUGUAGGAAUUACUGCCUUUUUAACCUAAGGUAAACCUUUCAAGGGCAUUGUUAAGUAUAGAAUUUAAGAUUUUAUUGUAAAUGAGGUGACUUAAGAAAAAGAGACACUUUAUCCUUCUGAGAAGACAAUAUUUUAGAAAUAAAAUAAUUAGAAGAAAGAUUAAAGCAAUUAAGAGGCUCCUCAAGAAGAAAAAAAAUCAGAAUAUGAAAUUUCUGAUGAGCUUUCCUAGAAGAUAAAAGAAAUAUUCGGGUAGGAAAAAGGAGAAAAGAUGAUAAAGUUUUAUAAUGAUUUAGAAGCAGGCUUGAAGGCUAAAGAAAACGAAUUUAGUAUUUUAAUAGACUGCCCAGAUGAAAAGGAGGAGAGACUCAAAAUUCAUUAAUUUGUGAGAGAGGAGCUAAUUCAUAUGGACUCAUCCACUGAGGGAGAUAAUGCAAAAAAGUCUAUUAAAGUAUUUUUUACAAAAAACAAAGCAAAAAGAGGUAAAAUUGACCAAAAGGUUUACCAUUGCGUUUUAUUUAAAAAUGGCAUAGAUAACUUUACUGCCAUUCAAAACAUCAGCAAAUAUCUGAGAUUACCUCCAAAGAAUAUUAACGCUGCUGGUAUUAAAGACAAAAGAGGAAUCACUACUCAACUUAUAAGUAUUGCUAUGAGUAACACAUCAGCUGAGAUACUCAAUCAAAGAUUCCAAAAUUCAAGAUGGAACAAUAUGAAGGUCUAAAAUGUUAAAGAUGCUACUUCUCAACUUAGAACUGGUGAUUUGUACGGAAAUAGAUUUUCAUUAGCAAUUAGACUGGUUUCGUACGAAGAAUAAGAAGUCAUAAAAGCAGUUGAAGACCUUAAAAAAUUAGGGUUUAUCAAUUAUUUUGGUAUGUAACGUUUUGGCACAAAUAAUAGCAUUCAUACUCACGAAAUAGGUUUACUCAUCCUAAAAAGACAGUGGGAAUAAGUUUUUGAUUCAAUAGUCGGAUAAGAAACAAAUGAUAAAAGAGUAAAUGAAGCUAAAAAAGCUUUCUUAAAGGAUAAAACUUAAAUUAGAGAUGCUUUGAGAGACAUUCCCUUUAAAUACAAAAUAGAAAGAACAUUGUUGUAAGGUUACGAAAGAGUAGGUAUGAAAAAUAAUUUCCUAUAAGCCAUUUGCUUUUUAAACAGGAGCACUAGAAAUCUUUAUUGUCACGCUUAUUAGAGCUAUAUAUGGAAUCUACUUGCUUCUUAUAGAAUUCAGACAUUAGGUAACUAGCUUGUUAAGGGGGAUAUAGUAGCAAAAAAGAGAGAGAAUUUUUUGAUAGAUGUUGAAGCUGAAGUCGAAGAAGAAAAUGGCUAAGAGGAAGAGUAAGAAGAAGAAUCUAAAUAUUAAAGCAUUGGUGAUUAUGAAAUUGAAGUGAUAGACGACUCAAAUAUUGAUAAAUAUACUCUCUAUGAUGUUCUAAUUCCUAUUAUAGGAGGAAAACUCAAAAUACCUGAAAAUUUUAAUUUAAAUGCUUACCUCACCUCAAUUUUAGAAAAAGAUGGUCUUGAUUAACAAUUGUUUGAAAAAAUCUAAAAGGAAUUUUUUGUAGAAGGAGGUUAUAGAUUUUUAAUAUGUUAAGCUGAAGACGUUUAAUAUUCCAUUAAUAAAUACAAUGAGAAAAACUAGGACAUUCUCACUCCUUACUACAACGUUUAGCAAGAUCACUCAGAAGAAAAUGGUAAAUAUAGUGCCCUUUGUUUAAAGUUUACUCUUGCGAAAGGUUCAUAUGCAACUAUGCUAAUCAGAGAAUUAACGAAAAUGCCUUCUGAUUUUGACACCUAAAUGGGUUUAAAUAAAGAGUACUAACAAUUAGAAUGA